AAGCAUUGUGUUCACUGUUUUUUAUCAAUAGGCCUUAUCAUGGGCUGCAUCAAUGACUUUUUAUUGAUCCUCUAAAGCGAUCCAAUUAAAACUCUUUGCUGCUUCAUCCCGAGAGUCCAUUGGCUGACAGCCGGGUCUCCACGACCCCGCCUCCAUCUGUCAGGCACUGCGCUGCUGAGUGUGUGUGUGUGUGACUGUGGAUGCACUGUGGAGAGAUAGUACUCCUUAACUUUACACAGCAGCCUUGGAUGGACUUUGCCUAUAAGAAAAAAUAAUAACAUCAGUCAGCAAGACAACAAGACAACAUUUUUCCUCCACUUUCCCCCCAAGCCCCUCUCUUUUUACAGUAUGAAGUGCAGUUAUGGCACGGAGUAGCAAGUCAGCAGCGCGGACCCUGGAGGAUUUGACGCUCGACUCGGGUUAUGGUGGAGCCGCCGACUCCUUCAGGUCUUCCAGUGCGUCGCUGUGCUGCUCGGAGGCGCAUGGGGGGACUCACUGGCAUUUAACCGACUCGAUGCACAGUCGACACAACAGCCUGGACACUGUCAACACGGUCCUGGUCGAAGAAGGAGACGCCGAGAUCCUGGAGAGCACUGCCGGGCAGUGCGCUAAACUACCCGAGCUAGAGGAUGUGCCGUGGAGCCUCGGGGAAGUGUUGAGCGCGCUGAGUAAGGACGAGGAGAUGACUCUACCGAGCCCACCGCAGGACGUCCUGCACCGGCUCUCCGUGCUGCUCAGCCGGGUCCUGGUGAGGGUGGCCAAAGAGUCGCAGCGCCUGAGUUUGCGCUACGCCAAAUGCACCAAAUACGAGAUCCAAAGUGCCAUAAAGCUCGUCCUGUCGUGGAGCGUCUCCAUGAGCUGCAUGAGAGCGGCCCUGGGUGCCUUGUCGCUGUACAACAUGUGCACGGAGGAGGACAAGUUCAGCCGCGGCAAGUCGGCGCGCUGCGGACUCCUCUUCAACGUGGGCAAGUUCUUCAGGUGGAUGGUGGACGGCAGGGUGGCGGUAAGGAUCCACGAGCAUGCGGCGAUCUACCUGGCCGCGUGCAUGGAGAGCCUGUUCCGCGAGGUGUACGCGCGGGUGCUGCGCAGCGCGCUGCUGGAGAGGGAUAACGGGAUCCCCAAGUUCACCGUGGAGACCCUGGAGCAGGCCGUCAACACGGACGCGGAGAUCUGGGGCUCUCUGCAGCUCUGGCAGCACCUGAUCUGUGGGAAGAAUGCAAGCGGUGUGCUCAGCCUACCUGAGGGUCUGACUCUUCUCAGGGACCAGCAGCAGCAGCAGCAGCAGCAGCGAGCAGGGAAGAGCGGAGAGGGAAACGCCUACAGUCAGUCUGAGCUGCGCUCCGUUGAACAGUGUUUACUGGCUACAAGAGUGGGCAGCAUCUCUGAACUCAGUGACCUGGUGUCCCGGGCCAUGCACCACCUACAGCCGCUGUAUAUGAAGAACCACAACAAUGGGACGCCCAUCCACCAGAAGAGCAGUGUGAUCCACUGGGCGCCUGAAGCGAUCUACACGCUGUGUUACUUCAUGCACUGCCCACAGAUGGAGUGGGAGAACCCCAAUGUUGAGCCCUCGAAGGUUACUUUACAAACAGAGAGGCCGUUCAUGGUGCUGCCGCCUCUGAUGGAGUGGGUGCGCGUGGCUGCGGUCCACACCGAACACAGACGCAGCUUCUCUGUGGACAGCGACGAUGUUCGGCAGGCCGCCCGGCUGCUGCUGCCCGGAGUGGACUGCGAGCCCCGUCAGCUCCGAACGGAUGACUGCUUCUGCGCCUCGAGGAAACUGGAUGCUGCCUCUACUGAAGCAAAGUUCCUGCAGGACCUGGGCUUCCGUAUGCUCAGCUGUGGACGCACGGACCUGGUGAAGCAGGCUGUCAACCUGCUGGGGCCCGAUGGUAUCAACAGCAUGAGUGAGCAGGGGAUGACCCCGCUGAUGUACGCUUGUGUCCGUGGAGACGAGGCCAUGGUGCAGAUGCUGCUGGAUGCCGGAGCUGAUAUUAACAGCGAGGUGCCAAACUCAGUGCACAAGCACCCCUCAGUCUUUCCCGAAACGCGGCAGGCGACGCCCCUCACUUUCGCCGUGUUACACGGACAUGUGCCCGUGGUGCAGCUGCUGCUGGAUGCCAAAGCCAACGUGGAGGGGUCCCUGCAGGACGGGAUGGAGAACUACACAGAGACCCCGCUGCAGCUGGCGGCUGCUGCAGGUAACUUUGAGCUAGUGAGUUUGCUGCUGGAGCGGGGGGCCGACCCCAUGGUGGGAACCAUGUACCGCAAUGGCAUCUCCACUGCGCCACAGGGAGACAUGAACUCCUACAGUCUGGCAGCAGCUCAUGGACACAGAAAUGUGUUUCGUAAGCUGCUGUCCCAUACAGAGAAAGGGAAAGGGGACGUCUUAUCCCUGGAAGAGAUUCUGGCAGAGGGUACGGAACUGGAAGGUAGAAGUCCGUCUCAGAUUGACCUGAUCCGAACUGGGAAGGCCAAACUUAAAGCCCUGAGAGAAGCCAUGUACCACAGCUCAGAACACGGGCACGUCGACAUCACCAUAGAUAUACGGAGCCUCGGGGUUCCAUGGACUUUGCACACUUGGAUGGAGUCUCUGCGCACAUGUUUCCAUCAGCACCGCCGACCUCUGAUCCAGGGUCUUCUGAAAGAGUUCAGCUGCAUCGAGGAAGAGGAGUACACCGAGGAGCUCAUCACACACGGUCUGCCUCUCAUGUUCCAGAUCCUCAGAGCCAGCAAGAAUGAGGUGAUCAGCCAGCAGCUGUCAGCAAUCUUCACCCAGUGCUACGGCCCUUACCCCAUCCCCAAACUGGCCGAGAUCAAGAGGAAGCAGUCGUCACGCCUGGAUCCUCACUUCCUGAACAAUAAAGAGAUGUCAGAUGUGACCUUUUUGGUGGAGGGGAAGCCUUAUUACGGCCACAAAGUCCUGCUCUUCACAGCUUCCAGCAGGUUUAAAUCUCUUUUAGCGAACAGACCUUGCGGUGAAAACACGUGCAUUGAAAUCAGCAAUGUCAAAUAUCACAUUUUUCAGCUGGUGAUGCAGUAUCUCUACUGUGGAGGGGCAGAUGCUCUGCACAUCAGGAACACUGACAUCAUGGAGCUUCUGUCUGCAGCCAAGUUCUUCCAGCUGGAGUCGCUGCAGAGGCACUGUGAGAUCAUCUGCACCAAGAACAUUAACACUGAAACGUGUGUCGAGAUCUACAAUCACACCAAGUUUCUUGGUGCUCCAGACUUGGCGUCGUAUAUAGAAGGCUACUUCCUAAAGAACAUGUUAAUCCUGAUUGAGUUGGAGCCAUACAAACAGCUGCUGUACGACACACCUCCAGAUAGCCCCGGCGCUGACAUCCUGCAGGACCUGGAGAAAACCCUGGCCAUCCGCAUCCAGUCCAUCCACCUGUCCUCCUCCAAGGGAUCCAUCGUCUGAUCUCCUGACCUUUCUGAACACAGGGACAGAGAAUAUAUACCAGAGAGGUAUAAGACAUGACACUGAAUUGAGACGAAUGAGGAAAAAUAAGACUCGUGGACUGUCCGGUUACGAUCUUUGUCUCUGUGAAGCUCAUCACUUGCUAAUAUGCUUCUUGUUAUCUUACCACAGAUGGUCUGUCUGCCUUGUUGAUAUGUCAACUAUGAAUUACAGUAACAUACAGUGACUGUCAUGAGAUAACUGUAUUAUGCCACAAUUUGCCAGUAACACAUCCCUGUAACAAUGUCCCUCAUUCAGCAAGACGUUCUCAGCUAAGUAGUACAGUCUGCGUGUUUCAUGUUGAACUGAAUGGAUCAGGUUGGACUACGGAAUCUCAGAGGAAGAGCUGCGACCAACUGCAACAGUCAGAGCAUCCGAAUACACAAAUGCGAUGUGUUGAGACGAUGAACAACCUCAGCGUAAUGUGACAAGCCAUCAGUGUAUCCCUUCUGAGGAAGAACUGCUGCCUCGUGCUGUGAUUAUUUGCUUAAACAUGUGGACCUGUACAGAGUAAUUUGUAUAUUUGUCAGUCACUUUGCAUUAUCUGUGCUGAUAACUCUUUAAAGCCAAACAAGACAAACAACUGACAAGUACCUGUAAUGUGACUGAUGCAAAAGAGGGACUUUCACCAUGUGACUUUUGGGCAACUGGGUGGGAAAGAGGACUUUUCCUUCCUCCGCUAUACGUGUAAAUAUUGUUCAUAAAAAACAGAGCUAUUGAUAAUGUAAGUUAAUGUAUAUAGAUAUAUAUCCACGGAUCUUUUUCUCAUGUGUCUUACUGUUGGAUAUCGCUGUAAAAACAAGAAGCUCAUCUUUUAAGUAUCUGUGUUUAAAUGUUGCAUGUCAGAGGGAUGGCUGUGUGUUUCAUUUAUUUUUCUGUUUGAACUGCUGGAAGAUUGCGUUGAGGAGCUGCUUUCACACUUGUACGACUGAAAGUUGGGCGAGGAUAUUUUUGUCAUCAGCAUGGGUCACUAAAUGUGUAACAGUCAAAUGGUGUCGUCAUUUCGUGUGCGAGAGGCUCCAGGCCUGUUUAGUCCUGAACUGGGAACAUUAAGCUGUCAGCUGUCGUCACAGGGAUUGUGAAACCACAUGACUUGUAUAUGUGUGACUUGAUAUAUCUUUCCUCUUUAAAGAUUAAUAUAAAGAAUACUAUGAAUCCACUCAUA